CAUGGAUCGAAGGCACGCACCUCGUCGCACUCGUCUCCACAGCCCUAUGCAUUUGCAUUCUAACAAUUUCCCAGCUUGUGCAGCAGUUGCGAGGUGCCAUGCCGUCGAGUCCCCGUGCACUGCGGUUCCCAGAGACCCUCAUGCAGGUGCUGGCUGACCCCAACACAGCCGUCAUGUGGGUGGACAACGGCACGUCCAUCCAGUUCACGUGCGUGCAUCAGCUGAGUCAGGAGGUGCUGCCUCGAUACUUUCGGCACAAUCGAUGGACGAGCUUUCAGCGCCAGCUCAACAAUUACGGAUUCCUCAAGAAGCGUUUGGGCGGUAAUGCCACGACGUACACGUAUUGGCAUCCCCUCUUUGUCCGACACAAGCCUGAGCUGCUGCAUCUAAUCACGUCCAAACGGUCCCCGCAGUCGCCCGACGUCCCCUCGCCAAAGAAUUUGUCUCACGAUCCGCCGCUGAAGAAGUUGUCGCCUCGAAUGCUCCAUAUGAAUGCCAUCGACAACCCUGCGAUGCAUCGCGCUGUGCUCGAGUUUCACGGAGAUGUUGAAGCGUAUCCUUCGGAACCGGUACAUGAUUUGAGCAACCUGGUGUGGCUGGACGAUCUAUUGCAAAUUACGCCAUGUGAAGCCGCCGCGGUAACCUUGUAAAUCAAACACCAGAUAACUAACACCCUCACUUGCGAACGACCUGUGUGAUGCAGACCGGCGAUCAAACAGAAAAGGGACAGGUGGCUUUGAUUAAGUCGAAGCCCCAAACCCAUGCAAGAAACAACAAGUGCAGACUUGGCGAAGUGAGCAGCUGGUUGAGAUGCGGUGGGAAGGAACGAAGCCCGACGUGACACGUCGCAGUCACUGUCGAUAAGCCAAUCGCAUUCAUGGGUACAGGACACUACAGCACAGGUAGCCCAAUAAAAUGGCCGUGCCAAGAGCGUCCGUCAGCUUUGCAAAGACACGACAACAAGCCACGACAUAUUCAUUUAUAGAGGUUUGAAGGGGACGGAGCGCGGGCGCCCCGGUUUCGUCCACGGAUCAAUACUCGCCAUAAUAAAAUUC